GCCGUAAAGAAGAGUGAACAUGAUGUUAACAAUUCCUUCAGAAGGAGUGUUUCACAAUGUCGAGCAAGUGUUGCCCUUCCACUCAUCGUUUGAAACCGUAUCAGAGCUCAUGCGCAAUAGUGCUUGUAUGACGUCACAUCAAUUAACCGAGAGCGAACCACGUGAGAGGUGCUCGUCAACAUCGAAUUUCGAAACUUUAACCUUGAAAAGAACGAGGAUGAGUAAAUCCAAAGGGAUACAAUGGAAGGAUGUGCAAAACAUGCUCUGUCAUUUGAAAAAGAGCGAUGAAGAAAUUGAAAGUUACCUACCUUGGUUUUACGAGAAUGUUAAGUGUUUCAAGGAAGUUCACAAAGGUAGCUUUAAUGUUUGCACAGUGAAAGAACGACGUCUUAUUGACCUGCCUUUUCCGUUUUCAUAUCACAUAGAAGCUGUGAAGGAAAUUAUCAGGGAGUGCGACUAUGUGCCAAUCAAAAAAGACCACGUGAUCAUGAGGCAAGGAGAGGCCGGUGAUUGUUGCUACAUCAUUCUUCGUGGAAGUGCUACGGUUUAUGGUAGGAGGAACGAGGACGCAGAUCAUCCUACGGGCGUCGAGGAAUCAGGGGGGGUUCGAUUAACUAUGGUCAAAAGUCACAAGGAACGUUUAAAAUUUGGCGCAGAGAUUGCCUUUCUACGGAGUGGCGACAAGUUUGGCCACUUGUGCUUUCACAAGUCGAACAGCGAACGGAACGCCACGGUAAUUGCCGACGAAAGCAUAGACGCGAUCCUGGUGCAUCGCAAGAUGUACGAGUCCACGCUUGCCGAUGUGUACAACAACACUAAAGAUCAGUUGAACUUAAUGGAAAAGUCGCAGUUUUUUGAAGGUUUUUCCAGCGAUUACAAAGUGACUUUGAUGGAAAAAAUGCAAACGAGAAAAUUGAAUCACGGCAGCGCGAUUGUGCGCCAAGGAGACCUGGUAAAGAGUAUCACGAUAAUCUGCCGCGGUGAAGCAUUACUCAAGAUCAACCCGAAAAAAUUGAGCCUGCAGUAUAAACUGGACGCUCUAGAGAAGCCGCUCACGGUAAUCGAAAGGAGACGAGAGAUAGCGAAAGGUGGCUACGUUGCUGGAGAGGAGAUAAUAAAAAGAAACAAUGUGACAGUGGCGACUAUUGGAGUGGGAGAAAUUUUAGGUGACAUAGAAUUUGUACUGGAUCAGUCCCGGCAUCACAUAAGCGCCAUAGCAAAUUCGGAGAUCUUGGUGAUGGAUAUGGAGCUCGCGGAUUUGCAACGUGUCACGACAAAACGUGAUAAUGGCCUCUCAGAAUAUAUUCAUAGAUUGGUGAUGUGUAAACUGGCUGGCAGAGCAGAAAGAUGCCAUCAAGUUCCACAGUAUAAAGAACUGUAUAACAUAGCGUGCAAUGCUAACAAGAAACCAGUGCCCAACAAAGACAAUGUCGACGUCGCGUCCAACAUGCGGACUUUAAAGUUGCUCAAGGUUUUAAAGACGACAACGAAAUUAGGAGGUGCAACGCUUGCACAAUCCAACAUGAAAGCAGGCUCAUUAGCAACAGCCAUAAAGAAAACGGGCAACGUGGCCAUAGAAAUCGGAACGGGCGGUGAUAAUCAUGCCGAAGCAAAGACGAAAACCGAGGGAAUGCAGAAGGAAGUUGGGGAAGCCCCGAGAUCAACGUUAGCAGAAACAAAAGGAAGGAAAGAAGGUCACUCACAGGAAAAAGGGAAAAAGCAGCUGACGGCAAAAGAAUACAGGAUGCUAAAGAAAAAGAUGCAAGCAGCGGGAAAGACAAUCCGACCAGUCGAGUGAGCAAUU